AUGUCUUGGGGAGGACUAAAAAAAUCAUUCAACCGCGCUGGUACCCAGCUUAUGCAGCGGACGGGACAGCUGGAGAGAUCUGAUGAUAGCCGAUUCAAAGAGGAGGAAACAAAUAUUCGCGCGAUUAUCUUGAUUCUAUUCGAUGUAUGUGCAAGUCUACUGACCGCAGUGAUGUCGGCGUCUGAAGCGCGGAUUGGUGAUACAAUCGAGGGCUUCUUCCACGAUAACAGCCAGACAGCCACCAUUGCAAGCUCGUACAAGCGCGCCCUGGAAGAGCUGGAUGCCCGAACGGCCAAGGAACUAGAUGGUCCUUACCGUGCCACUGUGCUGGACCCUAUGGGAAAGCUCUGCAGCUACUUCCCUGAGGUAAACAAAUUGAUCGAGAAGCGCGGACGCAAGCUUCUUGACUACGAUGCAUCGCGCUCCCGGUACAAAAAGCAGUCGGAGCGUCCCGCCGACGAUCCUUCGAAGCUGCCUCGGUAUGUUUUCAUCACUUACGCCAGCAUGGAGCGCGAGCACAAUGAGGCGAAGCUUGUUUUCGAAGCAAUUAAUGAACAGCUGAUGAUUGAGCUCCCGCAACUGGUGGACAUGCGUAUCCCUUACCUAGAUCCUUCGCUGGAAAUGAUGAUCCGUAUUCAGAUCAAAUUCGCACAGGAAGGCUAUGAGCAGCUGGGUGGCGUACAGCGAUACUUCCCCGAGCAGGUCCGGAGCGACUAUGCCGAGGGUCAGCUUGAUGCGCAAGUCGAAGGCGUGCUUCAAGAGAUGCGCGGCCUUUCUAUCUGUGGUUUGGGCCAAUAG